AAAAUGAAGAAACCCAUACAGGUUUACAACAACAUAAGGGUGAGGAAUUGAUGACAUACUAUUUUAUUUUGGGGUGAAAUAUUCCUUUAAGCAUCUUCUUGAGGUCUCACCCUGAGAUGCUUUUGAUAAAUAACAUACAAACUGAAUUAAGUCCUGUAAGCAUUUAGUCUCAACCUUGUUCCAAAGAACUGUGCAUGUUGUACAUGCACUUUCAGGUACUUUGGAAAUUUUUUGUUACCACAUUGAUCUGAUAGGACGAUGGCGACAGAUUCCUGAUAUGCAAAGUAUUAACAAGGGAGAUAGUAUGUUUAGAUGUGCAUCUUUGAAAAUACUAUAAUGAUUAUCAGGAUGGAAAAAAAUCAUCUGUAAGUAAAACCAAUAAUGGUUAGGUUCUUUACAUUUUUGGAUUUCUCCAUUGUGUUUGAUCUACAGAUACCACAGAGAUGGAGAAAGCUCUCCCACUAAAGAUAUUAGCAGUUUUGGGUUUUGUUCUGCUGGGGUCCAGCGUGAAUGAAGGACGGAUUGUGAGUAAAUGUGAGCUGAAGGCUCAGUUGGACGCAGCUUUUGGAAGAAAUGUGACCACAAACAUGACCACCAAUAUGCCUGGAUGCAAUGCGACUCGAGACCUCGUUGCCAAACUUGUCUGUUUCGUGAACCGGACUUCAAGGUUCAACACCAGCGUUAUCACCACCAUCCAGUUAUCAAGUCCAGAUCAGCCAAACCAAAAACCAAUUGAACCAAAUGUGGGCCAUCCAGGUGAAAGACCUCCUCCACCAAAUGAGGGCCGUCCAGGUGAAAGACCUCCUCCACCAAAUGAGGGCCAACCAGGUGAAAGACCUCCUCCAUUUAAUGUGGGACGUCCAGGUGAAAGACCUCCUCCUUCAAAUGUGGGAAAUUCAGGUGAAAGACCUCCUCCAUCAAAUGUGGGACAUCCAGGUGAAAGACCUCCUCCAUCAAAUGGGGGUCGUCCAGGUAAAAGACCUCCUCCAUCAAAUGUGGGACGUCCAGAUGGAAGACCAAGGAGUAGAAGAUCUCCUCCCUGGAAUCCAGAAGGAGGAAACAACAUGGUCCCACCCAGUAGCUCAGGUGUUUCACCUAAUGUGACCUUGCAGCUGUUGGGAAUCUUCCAGCUGAACGAUCGCGUGGCCUGCGAUUCUGGAUCGAACCAAAGUCUGAACAUCUGCCGCAUGAGUUGCAGUGAUCUGACCGAUGAUGACAUCACAGAUGAUGUUGGCUGUCUGAAGACCCUGAUCACAAAAAUAAGCAAUACCACGACGGGUGCUCCAGGCUCCCCUCUUCUUCCCGAAAAGUAAGAGAACAAUGGAUGCAUUUAAUUUAUAAUGCAACAUUAAUUGUGAUUAUAAAUAAACGAUCAAAUACUGAAAUAUAAAUAUAGAUAUAAAACACUGUUAAAAUCUUCUCAAUCUUGUAAAGAUUUUAAUGA